UGAAGGCAGGAAGGAAGGGGCGCGAGCCGUUGCCUGGCGGUGGCCGCGCAGAGGCGUCUGCGCAUGCGCGGCGUUGUGUGUCUGGAUCCAAGCGAAGCAAAGGCGAGCAAAGCAUGUCUGGCGGCAGGACCAAGAAGGUGAAGAUGGCCACCAAGUCCUGCCCGGAGUGCGACCAGCAGGUUCCUGUUGCAUGCAAAUCUUGUCCGUGUGGGUAUAUAUUUAUUAGUCGAAAACUCUUGAACGCUAAACGCUCUGAAAGGCUGCCACCCACUGCAGAAAUCAGAAGUGAGGCGAAGAGAAGACGGACAGAAAGAGUCAAAAGAGAGAGGAUAAACUCUGUGAUAAAUAAAGACUUAGAAAACCGAAGAAGAUCCAGGUCCAACAGCCAUUCAGACCACAGCAGAAGAGGAAGAGGGAGACCAAAGACUGCCACAGCUAAAAAGCAUGAGGAAGAAAGAGAAAAACAAGAAAAAGAAGUGGACAUGUAUGCAAACCUGUCGGAUGAAAAGGCUUUUGUAUUUUCAGUGGCCUUGGCAGAAAUAAACAGAAAGAUUAUCAACCAGAGGCUUAUUCUCUAGUUACCUGGUCAGGACUUGUGCAUGCCUUGCUGUUUAAGUCGGGUGAUGAAAUUGGAACAUGUGGUGGCGCUUGACCAGGAAAUCUGGCCACCUGCAUCAGUUGAGGAUAUACAUUUUUCCUGGAUGAACCUCUGCCACUCUUGCUCUUUCGUUCUUUUGGUGUUUUUGGAGCCUGCAGACUUGGUGUUUGUUCCAGCUUUUUGUCAAGAAGCAAAAUGACCAAUGCUUUCCAUGAGAGAGAGAGAGAGAGAAGAUCAAAAGCAAACAUCUUUUAAUCCUGCAAAGACAGCAUCUAGAAGAACUCGACAGUUUUGUUUUUGUUUUUUAAAAAACUGUUUCUUUUGACACUUCUGCAAUUAAAAUGCAAUAUUUUAAUUAAGUUAAAUGUCUUUCACCACACCGAUUCCAGAUUUUCAACUUACAUUGAAGCUUACCUGUAUAUAUACUUCAGCUAAUCCUUUUAAUAAAUCAAUAUUGUUAUUUUAACACAA